ACUCUUCCCCGCUGAGAAGAGGCAGCCCGAACAGCUCCGCUCCGACCACCGCCACCCAGCAUCCAUCCCAUCGCUUCCAGCCCGACGGCAGCCACCCCGGCCGACAGACAGCCAAGACAGCCCGGAGACAGCCCGCCCCGCCGGUCCUGCACCCACCUCUCCACCCGCAGAGCCCCUCGGCCCUCCGGACUCGGACCCCACCGAUCGCCCCUGCCUUCCCGCCGCCCAUCCCCACCAUGACAGCCACCGGCACGGGCCCCGUGCGCUUUGCCUUCGCGCUCCUCCUAGCCCUCUGCAGCCAGCCGGCCGCUAGCCAGGACUGCGGCGGGCAGUGCCAGUGCCCGGCGGGCCCGGCCCCGAGCUGCCCCGCCGGCGUGAGUCUCGUGCUGGACGGCUGCGGCUGCUGCCGCGUCUGCGCCAAGCAACUGGGCGAGCUGUGCACCGAGCGCGACCCCUGCGACCCGCACAAGGGUCUCUUCUGUGACUUCGGCUCCCCAGUCAAUCGCAAGAUCGGCGUGUGCACGGCCAAAGAUGGUGCCCCCUGCGUCUUCGGCGGGACCGUGUACCGGAGUGGAGAGUCUUUCCAGAGCAGCUGCAAAUACCAAUGCACCUGCCUGGAUGGGGCGGUGGGCUGCGUGCCCCUGUGCAGCAUGGACGUCCGCCUGCCCAGCCCUGACUGCCCCUUCCCCAGAAGGGUCAAGCUGCCUGGAAAAUGCUGCGAGGAGUGGGUCUGUGACGAGCCCAAAGAUCACACCGUGGUUGGCCCAGCCCUGGCUGCCUACCGACUGGAAGACACAUUCGGCCCAGACCCAACUAUGAUGCGAGCCAACUGCCUGGUCCAGACCACAGAGUGGAGUGCCUGCUCCAAGACCUGUGGCAUGGGCAUCUCCACCCGCGUGACCAAUGACAACGCCUUCUGCAGACUGGAGAAGCAGAGCCGCCUCUGUAUGGUCAGGCCUUGCGAAGUGGACCUGGAGGAGAACAUUAAGAAGGGCAAGAAGUGCAUCCGGACCCCUAAAAUCUCCAAGCCUGUCAAGUUUGAGCUCUCAGGCUGCACCAGCGUGAAGGCAUACCGGGCUAAGUUCUGCGGAGUUUGCACAGAUGGCCGGUGCUGCACGCCUCACAGAACCACCACCCUACCUGUGGAGUUCAAGUGUCCAGAUGGUGAGACCAUGAAGAAGAACAUGAUGUUCAUCAAAACCUGUGCCUGCCAUUACAACUGCCCCGGAGACAAUGAUAUCUUUGAGUCACUGUACUACAGGAAGAUGUAUGGAGACAUGGCCUAAAGCCAGACAGUGAGAGACAUGAACUCUUUAGACCAUCACUUGAACUGAUUCACAUCUCAUGUUUCUGUAAAAACAAAUGAUUUCAGUAGCACCAGUUAAUUUAAAUCUAUUUUUAAUUUUUUUUUCUAACUGCUGGGGGAAAAAUAUCCCACCAAAUUCAAAAUAUUGUGCCAUGUCAUACAAAUAGUACAUCAACCCCAGACACUGGUUUGAAGAUAGUUAAGACUUGACAGUGUGGGACUACAGUAGCACACAGGGCCAGAAUGUAUACUGAGGAAUGGCUACGGAAGCAGUGGAGAUAUCGGUAGCUGUCUAGUAGCAUCACAGAUGCUAUCUCAAAGGAAAAGUGUGCAUGGGAUUUGGAGUGGGAUAGAGGAGGAAUGUUAUAGCAUGCAUAUACACUUGCAUGUAGCUUUAGCAACAACCAGGAUGGUGUUCUCCACUCUCAUGAGGCUGGAUCAACUUGUUCUGUAAGUCAGCACAGUAGAUGCAGCUCUGACAUUCUGAUUUGAAUGACUGUGGUCAGGAAUCAGAAUCCUGUCUAUUAGACUGGACAGCUUGUGGUAAAUUAAUUUGCCUGUAACAAGCCAGAUUUUUUAUUGAUAUUGUGAAUAUUGUGGAUAUAUAUAUAUUUGUACAGUUAUCUAAGUUAAUUUAAAAUUGUUUGUGCCUUUUUGUUCUUAAUGCUUGGAUAUUUCAAAUGUUAGCCUGAAAUUCUGAACACCAUAAAUAGGAUGUGAAAUUUGUCUGAUAAUUCAAAGCCUAAAGUGGAUACUCAAAUGGAAAUUGUAAUCACUUAAGAGUUGACAGCCCAUCAAAGCAGAUGGUUUGAGGACCGCAAGGCAGUGAUAGCCUUUGAAAAGAUUUCUAGCUAGGAAAUGUGGUAGCUUCACUUUUAGUGAACAAAUGGCCUUUACUGAAAAAUGGCUGGACCUGUAUAUCUGGUCAGAUUUCUACCUGGAAGCAUUUAUUUCUACCUUGACUAUGACUGGUUUUUGACAGUUUUGUUGGUUGAGAGUGUGACCAAAAGUUACAUGUUUGCACCUUUCUAGUUGAAAAUAAAGUAUAUAUUUUUUCUAUAAA